GCGGCGCGGCCGGAGCCCGGGGCGCGCACUCCGCCCGGCCCGGGCCCCAGCAUGGCCGAGCCGCUACUCAGGAAAACCUUCUCCCGCCUUCGGGGCCGGGAGAAACUUCCCCGGAAAAAGUCGGACGCGAAGGAGCGCGGCCGCCCAGCCCAGCGCCCGGAGCCCAGUCCUCCAGAACCAGAGCCCCAGGCCCCGGAAGGAUCCCAGGCUGGAGCAGAGGGGCCCCCCAGCCCCGAGGCAUCUCGGAGCCCGGCUCGGGGUGCCUACCUGCAGAGCCUGGAGCCCAGCAGCCGCCGAUGGGUGCUGGGCGGGGCCAAGCCACCAGAUGAGGCCACCUUGGGGCCCGGGGCAGCUGGCAGUAGGGAGCCUGCUGGUGAGAUCUGGUACAACCCCAUCCCUGAGGAGGACCCCAGACUCCCGGCACCUGAGCUCCCAGGCCCACAGCCAGGCUCAGCUGAGCAGGAGAGCCUGGCCUCCCCAGGCGCAGCCCCCGCCAGUCCCCCAACCAAAGCCUCCCGCACCAAGUCCCCAGGCCCGGCCAGGCGGCUCUCAAUGAAGAUGAAGAAGCUGCCCGAGCUGCGGCGCCGCCUGAGUCUGCGGAGCACCCGGGCUGGCCGAGAGCGUGAGCGAGCCGCCCCCGCGGGGUCCGUCAUCAGCCGUUACCACCUGGACAGCAGCGUGGGGACCCCGGGGCGGGCGGCAGUGUCUGAGGGCGCACGGGGCCUGAGGGCCGGUUACCUCAGUGAUGGCGACUCUCCUGAGCGCCCAGCGGGGCCCCCGUCGCCCACCGCCUUCCGCCCCUAUGAGGUGGGCCCAUCGGCCCGGACGCCCCCCACUGCACUCUGGGGCCGCCUCAGCCUGCACCUGUACGGGCUGGGGGGGCUGCGACCGGCACCUGGGGCCACUCCGCGAGACCUCUGCUGCCUGCUGCAGGUGGAUGGGGUGGCCCGGGCCCGAACGGGGCCGCUGCGUGGGGGGCCAGACUUCCUGCGGCUGGACCACACCUUCCACCUGGAACUCGAGGCCGCGCGGCUGCUGCGGGCCCUGGUGCUGGCGUGGGACGCCGGCGUUCGGCGGCACCGGCCCUGCGCCCAGGGUACUGUGCUGCUGCCCACGGUUUUCCGAGGGUGCGAGGCCCAGCAGCUGGCUGUGCGCCUGGAGCCCCAAGGGCUGCUGUAUGCCAAGCUGACCCUGUCGGAGCAACAGGAAGCACCAGGCACAGCUGAGCCCCGAGUCUUCGGGCUGCCCCUGCCACUGCUGGUGGAGCGGGAACAGUCCCCGGGCCAGGUGCCCCUCAUCAUCCAGAAGUGUGUUGGGCAGAUCGAGCGCCGAGGGCUACGGGUAGUGGGGCUGUACCGUCUGUGUGGCUCAGCAGCCGUGAAGAAAGAGCUUCGAGAUGCCUUUGAGCGGGACAGUGCAGCUGUCUGCCUCUCCGAGGACCUGUACCCUGAUAUCAAUGUCAUCACUGGCAUCCUCAAGGAUUAUCUGCGGGAGCUGCCUACCCCGCUCAUCACCCAGCCCCUCUAUCAGGUGGUGUUGGAGGCCAUGGCCCGAGAGCCCCCAAGCAGGGCUCCUUCCAGCACUGAGGGCACCCGUGGGCUCCUCAGCUGCCUGCCAGAUGUGGAGAGGGCUACACUGACGCUUCUCCUGGACCACCUGCGCCUUGUCUCCUCCUUCCACGCCCACAACCGCAUGACUCCGCAGAACCUGGCCGUUUGCUUCGGUCCUGUGCUGCUGCCGGCGCGCCAGGCACCCGCCAGGCCCCGCAUCCGCAGCUCUGGCCCGGGCGUCUCGAAUGCAGUGGACUUCAAGCGCCACAUCGAGGUGCUGCACUACCUGCUGCAAGCCUGGCCAGAUCCGCGCAGGCCCCCAGAGGCUCCGGAGCUGGUCCCGUACCUGCGGCCCAAACGACAGCCGCCGCUGCACUUGCCGCUAGCGAGCCCCGAAGUGGUGACUCGGCCCCGCGGCCGGGGCGGCCCCGAGAGCCCGCCGAGCAACCGCUACGCCGGUGACUGGAGCGUUUGCGGGCGGGACUUCCUGCCUUGCGGGCGGGACUUCCUGUCCGGGCCGGACUACGACCACGUGACGGGCAGCGACAGCGAAGACGAGGACGAAGAGGCUGGCGAGCCGACGGUCGCCACCGACUUCGAAGACGACUUCGAGGCUCCCUUCAACCCGCACCUGAACCUCAAAGACUUUGAUGCCCUCAUCAUGGACCUGGAGAGAGAGCUCUCCAAGCAGAUCAACGUGUGUCUGUGAGCCGGGCGGGGCCGGACCCCGAUUACUAAGGCCGGGCUCCUGGUUGCUAACGCGGUGCCCUAACGACCUAGGGGGACCAGACCUGUAGCUCAGGCCUAGCUCCUGGUUCCUGGGGAGUUGCCUAGUGACCAGCCAACCCAUUGCUGAGAAUCAUUCCUCGUUUCCAGUGCUCAACAUUUGGGCACUGGUUGCGAAGGCCGGGGAUUGGGAAUUUUCGGGACCAGCUAUUGUGGCCAUCUUUUCUGAGUACCAAGGGCUUCUUCCCGGCUGCCAAAAGGCAGUUCUGCUUGCAGGGCUGGCUGGCCUCUCUUGCUUCCCCUUAGCCAGGGAAACGCCAGUUACUGUGAGCAUCAUCCUGGGAUGGUGAGACACCCCCCCAGUUCAGUCCUCUUGCUGCUGCCAACCAAAUCAGUAUUAGCUUUGAGCACUGCACUCUGCUUCUCCCUCGGCGGGCCCAAGGACUAUCAUGAGGUACUGUUUGAGGCAGGGUGGGGGAAAGCCCCUAUCCUGGGCUCUGGCUGGAUAGGAGCAGCCUGAGGCUUAUAGGAAAACAGCUGGUUUCCCCACUCUCUUUUCCGAGGAAAACCCCAUAAUUGCCUCAAACCAGCAAAAGUAGAUAGCAGAGUAUGGCCCUUCCCCUCCCCAAUUCUUCCUCCCCAUUCCUGAACAAAUUGAGCACUUAUAAGACCUCCCUUUCGGAGGGGCCCCACCUGAAGUGUCAGGCUGGGGGCAUUUUGGUACGGAACAUAUUUAUUGCCUCCGUGCGUGUGUGUCUGUGUGUGAGGACUAGUGUGCAUGGACAUGUCUAGAGCAGGCAUGUGGGGCUCUUUCAGGGACCACAGAGCGGGGAAAGAGUUUGCAGUGCCCAGGCACCCUGAAAUCUCCAGUAAUGGUGCCUCAGUGAGCCCCAGAGUUCCAGUGGGAGAGUAGGGUCCCCUCCUGUCUCCUCCCUCUUGCCCUCACUUCCAUCUUUGUGGACAAUAAAUCAGUAUGCACAGGU